UGUGCCAGAAAUGGUUAUGCAGUGAAACCUGAAAAAGGUGACGCGCUGCUGUUCUUCAGCCUUCAUCUAGAUGCAACGACGGAUCCUGGAAGCCUGCAUGGAAGUUGCCCUGUAAUAGAAGGCGAGAAGUGGUCUGCAACAAAAUGGAUUCAUGUGAGAUCAUUUGAUAAGCCAAAUAAGCGAGGCCUGGGCGGAGAAUGUGUUGACGAGAAUGAGCUCUGCUCCAAGUGGGCUGCGUUAGGGGAAUGCAGUAAGAAUCCAGUUUAUAUGUUAGGCUCCAAGGACUCCCGAGGCUUCUGCCGGAAGAGUUGUAAUGUAUGUUAAUCAGAUUCAACCUGC